AAACAGCUAUCGAAGCUUAUCCGUGAAGGUUUCGAUCACUUAAAAAGGUUUACGCUCUACCUAAAUAGGUGCCUACCUACCCAGGUGUCCCCACAUCUAGGGAUAUCGCGCCUUCAGCUAUGGAGGGGCGAUGGCGGGGGUCUUCUAGCAGCUAUCUAGGCAGCUACACCCAUUGUAUCAUACCUGCUAGAUUAUGUACUGUACCUACCUAAAUCUUCCCCACUUACACCUUCAAUCUUCUGUUCUCAUCGACAACAACAUUGAAAUCUGACGACAACGACAAAUACGUCCAACUUCAGUUUCUAAUCUCAAUCCUGCUUGUAAUAGCAGCAAUUCCACACCACUAAAAUUCUUUCGAACAUACACACUUACAGCCCGAUUCUAUAAUCGCUUUCAAUCAUGCCCUUAUUACAUCUCCCCAGUGAGCUACUACUACAAAUAAUGGGACAUCUUCGCGAUUCCCAAGAUGUUGAAUCCCUUCGGUCCGCCGCGCGUACGUGUCAGAUACUUCGCGGAGCGGCAGAGGUGUAUCUGUAUUCCACCGCUGAAUUCACCACUUUAUCACGCCUAUAUCGAUUCUCGGAUGCUAUCCGCGCCCAACCCAAGAGGAAGGACUACCUACAAGAUCUUAAGUUAUUAUAUUCUACUCGUAGAUAUAAUCCUGGCGAAGGACCCUCUCCGCCUGAUCUUACCUCGCUCCCGAACUUGGUUACUUUCGUUUCUGAGAGCCCCGAAUGCCAACCUAUGUCAACUAAAGGAACCCAUUGGAAUCAAUUUAUGGAUUCUUAUAUGCGCGCGUUUGAGCAGGCAUCCCUUCUAAAUGAUUCGCUUCAGAUGUCAAAGCCUCUCAAAAAUCUGAGAUCUAUUACCCUUCAUUGGUCAUCGUCCACUGACCGUUAUUGGGACAUAACCCCUGCAUGUGCCCUCUUCCUACUACCCCAGCUCGACUUUCUUGAAAUAUCAUGUGCAAGAGUCGGGCAAGUGCCACUCAAAUGGGAUGCGGGUCAACUCGAACAAUUCCGUGGCCAAACUCGAUUGAGGACCUUGACGUUCACCGAAUGCGUUGUUUCUGUUGAAGCUCUACAUACAAUUCUGUCGUUCCCAAGAGCAUUAACACGUCUUGCUCUAUGCGAAAAAUACUACCAUAACCUAGAAAUAGGAGACCGGUUUGCGAUCGACUAUCCCGGAGAACUCAACCGUGCACUAGCUCAACAAGCUGGGAGCCUCGAACAUCUCCAACUCUUCCGUAACGACUCGUAUUCGGGAAACGCAGGCACCUUAGCUCUCUCUCUUUCGAACUUUUCGGCACUUUUGUAUCUUCAACUUGGUCCAUUCCUACGACCGCGCCCCCACGACACCGAUCCCUUCGCCUACACCAUAGAGGCGCCAGUACCCCCAGCAUUGACGACACUACGCCUUGACGAGUAUAUGAUUUUUAUGUUAGAAGAUCGGCGUACCGAAAAAGUUCUCUCAGACUUGUUAGUUAGCGACCUAUUGGUCAAUGCCGAAACUCGUCAAAAACUGUUCACACUUGAUGUCUCACUUCAGCACCUUCCCCGGAUCGUAGCUCGCGGUCGGUUCCAUGGCCAGGACGCGCGACCAAUAGUCAGGAAGCUUGUGAGCGACUUCGAAAAGCGAUUCCAGCAGUGCCAAGAGGCUUCGCUACGUUCUCACCUUGGAACAAGCGCCGAAACAAAUUCCGAACAGCCAUUCGAGAACCGGUUUUCUUCGCACUUGCGGGUGCUUACGAAUAAGCCGCGGCAUUUGAUACCACCAUUCCUUCAUAAUGAAGGGCUACCGCGAUAUAUCGUUCGGUACGAUUCGGCAUACCCAGACAGAUUUCUUACUGAUCCUUACGUCGCCGAUCCCAUUCCUCCCGAUAGAGACACUAGCAGUAGUGACGACGACGACGAUGACGACAUGGAUGUCGCUUUCACCGAUGCCGACCCUCUUGCUUAAAUCUCCCUCUACAACAUGAUGUUGGGCUUAUGGUGGCGUACUGACGGUUAUGUGACUAAAUAUCAACCCUGUAAACUAUUAACAUGUUCCACAAGCUAAAAGCCAGGCGCAUUCUUGCAAUCCACAGG